UCAAGUGAAGAUAACCAGGCCAAGAGAGAGGAUGAUGCUCUGGCCAAGUGGGUUGCAGAUCCUGCAAAUACAGCAUGGAUGGAAAACCCAGAUGAAGUAAUUUACGAUGAUGUGCCAAGAGAAAAUUCAGACUCUGAACCAGAGGAAAUGAUUUAUGAUGAUGUUGAAAAUGGUGAUGAUGGUGGAAACAGCUCACUGGAAUAUGGGUGGAGUUCAAGUGAGUUUGAAAGCUAUGAAGAGCAGAGUGAUUCUGAGUGUAAAAAUGGAAUUCCCAGCUCCUUUUUGCGAGGCAACCACAAGAGACAUCUUUCUCAUGACCUAACGCGUUUAAAGGAGCAUUAUGAAAAAAAGAUGAAAGAUUUGAUGGCAAACACUGUGGGAGCAGUAGAGAUUCAGCAACUAAAGCAAAAACAUGAGCUGAAGAUGCAAAAGCUUAUGAGAGCUGCUAAAGAAGGUACCAAAGAUGGGCUCGAAAAGACAAAAGCAGCUGUGAAAAAGGGUCGUUCUUUCAUUAGAACAAAAUCUUUUAUUUCUCAAGAUCAUAGAUCAUCAUGUCUGGAAGAAGAGCUAAAUUUAUUUAUUGAUGUGGACUGUAUGCAUACAGAGGCAAUUAUGACUCCUAUGCCUGAAGGAUUAUCACAGCAGCAGGUUGUGAGAAGGUAUAUUUUGGGCUCUGUAGUUGACAGUGAGAAGAAUUACGUGGAUGCUCUCAAAAGAAUCCUGGAGCAAUAUGAGAAGCCCCUUUCAGAUAUGGAACCAAAGUUAUUGAGUGAAAGAAAACUCAAAAUGGUCUUUUAUCGAAUUAAGGAAAUUCUUCAGUGCCAUUCAAUGUUUCAGAUUGCGCUGGCGAGUCGUGUAUCUGAGUGGGACUCUGUUGAAAUGAUUGGUGAUGUCUUUGUUGCUUCAUUUUCUAAAUCUAUGGUAUUGGAUGCGUACAGCGAAUAUGUAAACAACUUCAGUACAGCAGUAGCGAUUCUGAAGAAAACAUGUGCCACCAAACCUGCCUUUUUAGAUUUCUUAAAGCAGUGCCAAGAGUCAAGCCCUGAUCGAAUUACACUAUAUGGUUUAAUGAUGAAACCUAUCCAGCGCUUUCCACAGUUCAUUCUACUAUUGCAGGAUAUGUUGAAGAACACUAACAAAGGACAUCCUGACAGAUUACCUCUGCAGAUGGCUCUUACAGAACUCGAAACACUGGCAGAGAAGUUAAAUGAAAGGAAAAGGGAUGCAGAUCAGCGCUGUGAAGUAAAACAAAUAGCAAAAGCAAUGAACGAACGUUAUCUGAACAAGCUACUCAGCAGUGGAAGCAGAUACCUCAUACGGACUGAUGAUAUGGUUGAGACGGUUUACAAUGACAAAGGAGAAAUUAUCAAAACCAAAGAACGACGACUUUUCAUGUUAAAUGAUGUGCUGAUGUGUGCAACAGUAAAUAUUCGCUCUUCCUGUGAAAGCAGUGGCACCGUGACAACUGGCCAGAGGUAUUUAUUGAAGUGGAGUGUACCACUGGGACAAGUGGAAGUCAUAGAGUAUGGCAGCAGUGAGGGCCAAGGAGACAACUGCAGGUUUCCACCCCAGCACUCUGCUGAAAAUGUCGUCAUUAACUCUAAGCCAAACAAGCUCUAUAUGGGACCAGGGCAACUAUACCAUGAUCUGCAGAACCUUUUACAUGACUUGAAUGUAGUUGGUCAAAUUAGUCAAUUAAUAGGCAGCCUUAAAGGAAACUAUCAGAACUUGAACCAAUCUGUAGCCCAUGACUGGACCUCAGGUUUACAAAAACUGAUUUUGAAAAAAGAAGAUGAAAUCAGAGCGGCAGAUCGCUGUAGAAUUCAGCUGCAACUCCCAGGAAAACAGGACAAGUCUGGGCGGCCCACUUUCUUUACAGCUGUGUUCAAUACGUUUACCCCUGCCAUCAAACAAUCUUGGAUCAACAAUUUACAAAUGGCUAAACUGGCCCUUGCGGAAGAUAACCUGUUAGGUUGGUUCUGUGUAGAAGAUGAUGGGAAUCAAAUCAAAAAGGAGAAACAUCCUCUCCUUGUUAGACACAUGCCAGUGAUGAUGGCCAAGCAACAGGAGUUUAAGAUUGAAUGUGCUGCUUAUAAUCCUGAACCGUACCUGCCUGGUGAAACAGAGUCAGAUUCCUGUGCCAUGGAACAUGGUUUUCUUUGGAUUGGCAGUUGUACUAAUCAGAUGGGCCAGAUUGCAAUAGUCUCAUUUCAAAGCUCCGGCCCCAAGGUUAUUGAGUGCUUCAAUGUGGAAUCACGGAUUCUCUGCAUGGUCUACAUACCAGAGGAGGAGAAACUGAAAGAGCAAAAUAAGACUCUCGACUCUGAAAAUGUUCUUGCAAAAGCUUCUAAUGUGCCUACUAUUUGCCUUGGCAUGGAAGAAGGAAGUAUUUCAGUUUACAAAAGUUGCCAAGGCUCAAAGAAAAUUCGACUUCAACACUUCUUCACUCCUGAAAAAUCAACUGUUAUGAGCUUAACGUAUAUGUCACAAUACUUGUUUGCUGGCUUGGUAAAUGGAAACAUCUCAAUCUACACAAAAGCAGAAGAUGGCACAUGGAACACGGAACCCCAGAAGAUAGUUAAACUGGGGGUUCUGCCUGUUAGAAGUCUGCUUGUGAUGGAGGAGACCAUUUGGGCUGCAUGUGGUGGACAAAUUUUUAUCAUCAGCACUGUGACACAUUCAGUAGAG